AUGGACACGAUUCGUCCGAGAAAUAUUGUCAUUGUUGGCGCAGGAAUCGCCGGCAUUGCAUGCGCCAUAUCCCUGUCCAAGGAGCUCACUCCGUUUGUCCCAAACUUGCAGAUCAGCGUGUACGAACGUCAUGACAUAUUAUCGACCUCCGGUGGCGCUAUCAACUUGACACCCGUCGCCCAGCGGCAUCUCGCACAAUUGGGGGUAUUGGAUGAGCUCGAUCGGAUGGGCCCGGAGGGAGGUGCCGAUGUGGAUGCCAUAGAGCUAUUUUCCUGCCGUUCUGGCCGUUCAAUCGGCUCCAUCAACUUCACCGACCACAACGGCAAAGGCUUUGGCGGAUACAAGGGCCGAAGAGUGAUGAGGAUCAUCUUGUCGAUGGCCAUGUUGAACGUCGUGGACCGAACGAAGAACAUCGAACUCAUAUUUGGCAAAAAGGUCGUCGGGGGCGAGGAGUUCGACGAUAGAGCCGUUUUGCAUUUCCAGGAUGGCACCGAGACUUCCGCUGAUUUAGUGAUCGGCUGUGACGGCGUCCACUCGGCGGUCCGAACCCAAUUCGUCGAUGUGGAUCGGCCUGCCGAGUACACCGGGCUGUCCUUUCUGCAAGCCACCAUCGAAGCGGAUACUCUUUCAUCCCCCGUCCACUUCAAAUCAUCAUCCCUCAAUCUCUCUCGUCAUGGCUCCAUGCUCGCCAGCUAUUGUGAUCGUGAGAGCGACCAGAUUUUCGCGGCUGCCAUUGUCCAAUUUAGCCAAGAAGCGCUGAGCCGCUAUCGACUGGAGGCGGGCCAGGACUGGGCCACUCAGCAUCGGAUUCGUUGCGCUCUCCGCGAAGAGGUCAGAGCUCGUUUCGGCAAGACCUCUAUUCCCUGUAUCCGUGAGAUGAUUAACAGUCAAGCGGAUUGGAUGCUUUACCCCGUAUACCAAGUCCGCCCCGGAGGCCGAUGGUGUCUCAACCGGGUGAUUUUGCUUGGCGACGCAGCACACGCUAUGCCCCCGCGUGAUGAGUCUGCAGCAUACGCAUUAGACGACGCGAUCCUGUUCUCGCGCAUCUUGGCGCGUUAUCGCUCUGAGCCUCUGACUGAGGUGUUCGACGCGUAUGAAAGCCUCCGACGCGAUACAAUCAACCACGCAUUCAAAGAGUCCCGCCGCAUGUGGGAGCGCAACCGUGACAUGGGAUUGCUGGAAGGAAGACUGAAAGAAUGGAUGAUGUCCCUGCACCUCAAGUCCCACGAAACCGCACGGGAGGCUGCAUGGGAAUUUGACGCGACUAAGAUGGCGCUCCCUACACCGGCACCGAGUGAAGACUUGGUGUCGUUGAACUCGUUCCUUCGUGAACGUACCAUUUGA